AAUCGAAACUGUAUAAUUAGCAGACGAUAUAAAGGGUUUAUAUUUAUCUCCCGGUGAUAUAUGUAUAAUGUGUAGUUGACUAGACAAGUUUGUGUAACAAUUGUUUGGUCUUCAUGAAUGCUAUAAGGCAGAUCAACACGUUUGUUAGAUUUUGGUUUUGAUUUGUGAACUAAUUCUUGUGGCGGACUUUUGUUUUUACAUUGUGUUCACGAUGAAGGCGAAGCAGACGACGAUCCAGGGAGACGCUCUUGAAAACGAGAACGAUCCGGUGCACUGCGCCAUCCUGGGGGACGGGAUGACCGGCAAAACCUGCAUGACCUUGAGCUACUCAACGCGCCAGUUCGUGGAUGAGUACACGGCCACCAUUUGUGAUCAACGUGAAGUGGUGGUACACACUCAAGGGAGACACUACAACAUGUGUGUGGUGGACACAGCAGGACAGAGUGACUAUGAAUACCUUCGAUGUUUCGCCUACAAAGAGAGCGACGUUCUCCUGCUGUGUUUCUCCGUGUGCGACAGAGAGUCCUUCUACAACGUCUGCAACUCCUGGGUGCCAGAAGUCAAAAAGCACAUCAAAGGGAAGCGACCCAUCAUCCUGGUCGGCACGCAAACCGAUCUGCGUCACGGGAACCAGGAGACGGAAGUGACGUACGAGGAAGGUGUGUCCAUGGCCAAAGAUAUUGGCGCUGUGACCUACAUGGAGUGCUCCGCCAAAAAUGGCUCCGGUCUUGACGAAGUGUUCGGCGAGGUUCUGGACAAAGCUUUGAAAAGGAAAAAAAGAAGUAGCAGCUUCAUGAGGAUGUUGUCCAGGAUGGCCAACGGACUGAGAUAAGCCUUUCUGCUGUCCAAGAUUACCAACGGACUGAGAUAAACCUUUCUGUUGUCCAAGAAGGCCAACGGACUGAGAUAAGCCUUUCUGUUGUCCAAGAUUACCAACGGACUGAGAUAAACCUUUCUGUUGUCCAAGAAGGCCAACGGACUGAGAUAAGCCUUUCUGCUGUCCAAGAUUACCAACUGACUGAGAUAAACCUUUCUGUUGUCCAUGAUGGCCAACGGACUGAGAUAAGCCUUUCUGCUGUCCUGGAUGGCCAACGGACUGAGAUAAGUCUUUCUGCUGUACAAGUGCCAACAAAAUCUUCCCACUGACAGACAAUCCUUUCUACCUGGGCUUACAAUACUUUCCUGAUUUCAACCUUUGUUAAGCCACACGAGUAAAAGGAUAGAAAUAAUCUGUACAGACGUUCAGAUGUGCUAGCCACCCGAAAAACUCACUGGACAAUUCAUUGUCCAAACAUUGGAAAAUCUCCAGUCAAGACAAGAGCUGUCGACUAAACGUUUAGGGAACUAUCAGAGUCCUAAUAAGUGUACAAUUUCAUGACGACAUUCCCAGAGACCAAAUUUCACUGUUUCACUAGUGAAAUAGCCUAACGACUCACUUUAUAUAAUACAUCAAAAAUUUUUGCCAUCAAAUGUUUUUAUAUACAAAUGACUCACCAGCGUUCCAAACUUGCAGUGAUCAAAUGAACCUGUCACCAAAUGUCCUGCUUCCACAUUGUUCCAACGAAGAAGUGUCUCCGAGUUCUAUUUCCAUAUGAACACAACCAGAAGCAAACCUCAAGUUUCAAGUUUCACUUUAAUGCUGUACAAUUCAACAAAAAACACUAUAAAAAAACCCAACUUUUUUUCAAGAUUCUCAAUGAUAAUGAGAAGAAAGCAACAACAGAAAACAUUGAGUAAUACAUGAACUUUGUGCAAAUGGAUAAAAGAUUCAGAAAGAAGUGAGAGAGAAGAAGAGAAUGAUAAAAAGAGAGAGGAGAAGAGAAAAAGAGAAAGAGAGAGAAGAAAAGUCUGAGAACUCGAGAUGUGUAAACCAGAAUAAUUUUCUGUGUAUGGUGAAAGUAAUUCAAUACGAAUUAGUGUGUGUUUGGUUUGACACACUAAGAUUUAUGUGAGAUUAUAAGUUCUACAGAUCUGUUUUUACUAUGCCGGGCAGCAGUUUAUAUUAAACUGUGUUCUAUGUCUUUCACGUAUAUCCUUAAUACUCAAGCUGCAUUGAAUGUUGAAUUCCACUUUGUGAUCCAUUCACUCAUGUUCCGUACUGUGAAAUACUUACAACUCAUGAUUACAUUUCAUUUUUUUUUUUUUUUGCACGUUCAUUUUUCUUUGUAAAUGAAGUUUGUAACUAACAGAAGGAAAGAUGAUAAUUGCAUUUAAAAUGAUAUGUUUAUUUCCUUCUUUGCCAGAUUUCUCUGACAACGUGAUUUAAAACAGUUUUACUCUA